AUGAUGGAGCUGGACGGCGCGGUGGCCGACUUCGCCAUGGAUGGAGCCAAAGCCAAUGACCCCAGAGGGCUCAAGUUGCUGGAGAACGCGCGGAUUGAGCCCGCCGGACCGAGGAACUGUUGGCAGGAGGCAUACCGGAAGUUGUUUGCCAGCUGCGGCGAUAUCAUGGCCGACAAGGAGAGGCAAUCGCGCCUGGCGUGGCACCUUAGCAGCUGCUUCCAGGAGGACUCAGGGCGGCCGCCCUUCCCGUCCUGCGCUGAGGGCUCCAAGAUGGUGCACUGUCGCAAGCGACUCAGUGAAUCUGAAGGCAAGGUCUUCCUCGAGUUCUUCUUGGAGACCGACACCCUGUGCCACCAAUUGCAGGCUGAAGCUUUCAAGCACAACAGUGAGAGACUCGUCAAUGACCUCACAAGGACAUCCAAGUCUGCUAAGAAGAAGCUCGAGGUGAUCGAGGAGAGGUCAGAACAGAUCAUCAAAGAAUCUAGUAAAGUUCAGGACACACUGUCAUCGAUUGACAUGCAAGCCGACAACCUGGCAGAGACAUCAAAGCACGUCGGGGAGCAGAUCAACGAAGUGCUGGUUCACUCCAAGUCCAUCUUUGAGCAGUCCAAGGAGAUCGCUACCACUCAGGCAGAACUGAGUAAAGGACAAACAGAGAUAAGGGAGAAGAUUGAGGCCGGUAUGACGCACGUUGAGGAAUCAUAUGAAAGACUAGGAAAUGGGAUGGAUAAGCUAAAAGAAGAGACUGGAUAUAUGCAAAAGGAAAUUAAAAGUGUUGAACGAUAUAAACCAAAAGAAGCCACAGCGACAACCAGACCAACAGUCCAGACUCAACACGGAGCCAACAUACAGUACAGAGACAAACAAGUCACAAUCGCCAGAAGCAGCUUUCGAAGAUCCCCUUAUCCUUUCCUCCUCAUUCCUGAGCAUUGUCAUCCGUCUUCGAGGGAAGAGUUUAGAGCAAAGCAGGCUAAUAUUUUUGCUACUCUGGACAAGCUGUACAUUCUGCAUAAUGCUAUUCUAGCUGAGUCUCGCUUCAUCAAGGCCUUCUUCUUCUAUUGUUGCAUUGUGUUCCUCAUCUACAUGCUCACCAGUGCAAAGCAAACGUUCAGCAUCAGGGGCCAGCUCUACUUCGGUCUGUGCAUUACGCUUUUAUUGGAGAUAGGGUUGAUCAAGCUCGGCGCCGACGACUUUGACAAGCAGUUCUGGAUCAUGUCCAGGUGUUCUUGGGACAACGAAUUGUUGAACCACGGGCUGCUCCAGACGCUGGUCGAGAAGGUCCGGUUGCUGGAGGAAAACGCCGGCAGGAGGGCGCUGGAGGAAAAUGCCUCAGAGUCGGAGGAGAGCCUGAGGGACUACCCGUGGGUCUUCGACGAGCUGGCAGACGAGGUGGACAGCAAGAUGGACCCAACGUACAUCCCUGCCGCCGGAGCGAUCGCCUCCUACUCGAAGGCGCAACGAAAUCGUCUUGGCGGAGGAGAUCGGCGAGAACUCCAUCACGAUUCACGAAGUCCGUCUCCAGGAGGUACAAUCUGCGGCCAAGGAAAUAGGCAGUGGGGGCCUGGUGUUUUUAGUUCUGGAGAAGGAAGAUGCAGAUAG